UAAUAAAAAUAAGUAAAUACCACAGGCAUAGUGUCCCACAUCCACACCCACCACACAACACACAACACACACAGGCCAUAAACUGCAACUCACCCAACCCCUCCAUUUAUAAAUACACUUCCAGAACUCCAUCACAUCCAUCAAAAGACACCGAGAAUGGAAGUACUCGAAGGGACUAAAUCCUGCCACAUUUCCAUCUUCCUUUGCUCUGCCUUGCUACUUCUCGGAGUCCUCGGUCCAAUUCCUGCUCAUGGGCGCCUGCAAAUCAAGCAAAAGCCUAACCCCGACAAUGCUGUUGCCACUGCUCGCUGGCUGGUGUCUCAGAAUUUGUGGGGUGUCCUCAGCACAAUCUCAAGCGAGCUGGGAGGAGUUCCAUUUGGAUGCAGAAAUGUGGUCUCAUUUAGUGAUGGGUUACCUGGAGAAGGCCACGGGAUUCCAUACUUCUAUUUGACAGCAUUGGAUCCAACUGCAAGGGAUGCUCUAAAGAAUAUGAGCUCAUCUUUAACUCUCAGUGAGGUUCCACUUGGUUCUUGUGGAAAGAUAGAUCCUGAGAACCCUACAUGUGCAAAACUCACCCUCAAUGGCAAGCUGAAACUGGUUGAUGUCAAGACACCUGAAGGAAAGUUCGCUCUGAGUGCCCUAUUUGCAAAGCAUGCUGAGAUGAAGAAUUGGCCUAAGGAGCACAACUUCCAGAUAUUCAAAUUGGAUAUUGAGCAUAUAUUCCUGAUAGAUUGGUUUGGGGGACCCAAACCCCUAACUCCAUACCAGUAUUUCAAUCCUGGAAAAUGAGCAUAAAACUAGUCCUGUCUCAAGUAUAAUAUAUCAACAAAUGGUACCAGAUCAUGCAUUUUAAACUAGCGCCAUAUUAUAUCUCGACAAUCUAAGUAUUUCAAUCCAAGAUGUGUUUGUUUAAUGUUUCAUGAACUUCCUAGAAUAUGUUGCAAAAGUAUGUGAAAAGGUAUGUUGCACAAUCUAUUUUUAUUUUAAA